AUGUCUUCCAAAGGAGUGGUCAAGUACGAUCGAUACAAUGAUCGCGUGAAAGAACGCCCAACCCUUUCCCUCGACAAUAACAUGAUCACUAUCAAGCUCUAUUCUAGUCAUGACGAGAAAAGUUUCCAAGAAGAACAUGUUGUACAUGAAACUAUCUUUAGAGAGGCAUCCAUGGUCGUUGAUAAUGCCAUGGCUUAUGAUUGGGCCAACAAACGCGAGCGUGUAGUGAAGCUCUACGACAUGGAAUCCUACAUAGCUUUCCAAGUCUUCAAAACGUGGGUAUACCGACAUAAAAUCAUCGUGGAACGAUGUUACGAUACCGGUGUCUCUUCUAGCAGCGAGAUCCGACUACUAUUGGCCGCGCAUCAUUUCGGGGACAAGUACAAAGCGAUACACUUCAUGGAUACAGUCUUCGACGCGAUCACGAAGCUACACGAGGGUAUCUAUCGCGACCCACAGCUCGGGCUUAUACCAAGCGUAUGGGCACGUACGAUGACGAAUUCGCCACUUCGGCGAUACUUCAUUGACUGUAUCGUCCAUAGUAAGGCUUCAGCCUACAACCCCUUUGAACUGUUAAAGAAGCUUCCGGAGGAGUUCCCAACAGAGCUUGCCAAGGCGUUCAUGGUCGCCAAAUUUUGGCCAAUGGGCCAGGGGAUGCCCGGAGACCCUUGUGCGUAUCAUGUCCACGUGAAAGGCACAUGCUACAAGUCCCUAGCCUGACUCUUGGGUCCGUACAACACUGGAUAUCGGUUGGAAUCUACAGCGUGGGAUCAGACAUGGGUUU